CACAAAUCAAAAUUGAAAUGAGCAGCGAUCAUCAAGAUACUCGUGGCUUCCAGCCACCCACCACCAUCGACGAACUCCACCGCCAACCACCUUCAUCCAUCACCGGAAACAACCUCCUUAAUCUCCCGACACCACGUCUUCUCCAUACUCCAUCUCCAAUGUCGCUUGAGGUUGAAACUAAAACCCCAGAAUCACCAAUCUCAGCCUCUCUCGGCAGCCCAAUCUUUACCACUCCGUCAACUUCUUUCGACGGUGCAGCACCGGCAACCACCACCACCACUACCGUGAAUACCCACAACCCACUUCGCCAAACUUCAACAGACACCAAUUCAUCGGCCAAUCAAGAUCCGCCAUCAAUCGCCACAACACCAUCCAAAGUCCCGGAGCCACCAACAAGAAACAUCCUCCUCCGCCACUCACAUUUCGAUCCAAUCAAAACUGAUUCUCAAGAACAUCAGAAGAACAAGACGCCACCGCCGCCGCCAAGAGUUUCCACCACCCCAAAAUCAAGAACUUCGCCACCAGUGUCUCCCACCCGUAAUCAAAUCCCCGAAUCAAAGGUAAUGGUGGAGAGAGGUCGCAAUGGUUGUUUUAGUUUCCAGGAAUAG